UGGCACAGCUGCGGCGGCGGCGCUGGGGAAGGAGGAAGCGAGCUCGGGUAGCCAUGGCGUACAGCGGUCUGGUGGUGCCCAUCAUCGUAAUGAGCGUUUUCUGGGGGGUCGUCGGCGGCGUCCUGCCCUGGCUCGUGCCCAAGGGACCCAACCGCGGGGUGAUCAACACGAUGCUGGUGACCUGUGCUGUUUGCUGCUACCUCUUUUGGCUGAUUGCGAUCCUGGCCCAGCUCAACCCUCUCUUCGGACCACAGUUAAAAAAUGAAACUAUCUGGUAUCUUAAACAUCACUGGCCUUAAGGUCCUCUGUCUUCUGCCACAGCUGUUUGUGGAUUAGGUAA